GGAUUCCCUCUCUUCCUCCUGCUCUCUCUCUCCCCCUCUCCCUCUCUCUCCCUCUCUAUCUCUCUCAGUCAUAUCUCUGGAGUUGGAUGUUUGUAUUUAUAUAGAGAAUUUCAAUGAGGAAACCUUGCUGUGAGAAGAAAGAUACAAAUAAAGGAGCUUGGUCGAAGGAGGAAGACCAGAAGCUUAUUGAUUACAUCCAAAAGCAUGGUGAAGGUAGCUGGCGCUCACUUCCACAAGCGGCAGGCUUGCUUCGUUGCGGCAAAAGUUGCCGGUUGAGAUGGCUAAACUAUCUAAGGCCAGACCUAAAGCGAGGCAACUUUGCUGAAGAUGAAGAAGACCUCAUCGUCAAACUCCAUGCUCUCUUAGGAAACCGAUGGUCCCUGAUAGCGGGUAGAUUGCCAGGAAGGACUGACAAUGAGGUGAAGAAUUACUGGAAUUCUCAUCUAAAGAGAAAGCUCAUAAGGAUGGGUAUCAAUCCUGAUAAGCAUCAUGUAAGACAGUCCAUUUCUCGUCAACACCCGGUAACACCUCAUGGCAAAAAGGAUCAGUUAUCCAACGAUGCAACUUUCCUAGUCAAGAAAACAAGUGGGUUGCCUGAUUUGAACCUCAAUCUCACCUUGUCUAAUAAUAUUGUGGAAUAGAGGCCACAACACAUGCGUAGCUUAUGAUAAUUAAUCUUAACAUGAAUCUUAUAUAUGGAAUAGGCCAGCCCAUCUUCCUCUCUUAGAUGGGACGCUAGCUUAGUCCCUCUAUAUGCAUGGAAUCUGAUUGGGAAUGCAUUUGCAUUGUGGUAUGUAUAUGUAUAUUAGGUUUUCUGCUUGUGUAAGAAGAAAUUUCCUAACAAUUUGUAUGUACUGCAGAAAGAAAUAGAGUUAAAGAUAUAUAACCAAGCUAGGGAUGAAAGGGCUUAAUGGUGCACUCUCUAGCACAAUAUAUAUUAGCAACUAUGGAAGGUUUGCUUGUAAGUUGAGGAGAUUUGAAGGUUCAUGUAAGUAGAAAUAUUGAUGAUUGUAGAAACAGUUAAAUGUUCCUGAGAAGAUAAUCUCGUGUAGCUAUAUGGUUUUCCUCUAUUUCAAAGCUGUUGUAUCAUUUAUGUAAAUCAUAAUUUUAGGCCAUACUACUAAUACAGUAAACGGCAUUCCCAAA